AUGCUUACACACUCUCCAAAUUUAUCACGACCAAAUAAUACGACACAACCCAAUUUAACUACUAAUUCUAACAACACUGAUAGUGGAAACAUAACUGACCUAAAUAAUCUCUCUGCUCCUACUAGUCCUCAAUCUAAUAUUGAAAUUUAUUCUACCACUAUUAAACUUCCCCAAUUUUGGACAUAUUGUCCAGAAGCAUGGUUUAUACAUGCUGAAAUGCAAUUUGCAAAUAGAAGGGUAACACAAGACAUUACUAAAUAUGAAUACAUUGUUACUUCUCUACCUCAAGAUGUGAUAGUAACAGUACUUGACGUCAUUCAGAAUCCUCCCACAGGUAAUCGUUAUGACCAUUUAAAGAAGAUUCUUAUUGACAGACAUUCUAUGAGCGAAAAUAGAAAAUUAGAUAAAAUCUUGUCUGAUUCUGAGAUUGGAGAUCGAAAGCCGUCUGAAUUUUAUCGAUCUUUAGCUUUACUUUCAAAUUCAAAUUUUAGUCCUGAAGUUCUUAAGAAAAUAUGGUUAAGAAAAUUACCAACGAGUUUAAAUGUUGCUUUGACUGGUUCGAAUUUGACAGAUAUUAACGAAUUAACACGCUUAGCUGAUAAUAUGUGGGAUGUAUUACAUGGAAAUGAGAUAGCUAGCGUUAACGACAAUACUCCAAUACAUUCCAAUUCUUCUAAUCUAGAAAAAGUAGUUGAGAACCUUGUACAAGCUACUACCAAUAUCUGUAACAGUUUCAAUAAUCUUUCACUAGAUAUUGCCUCAAUUAGAAAUCAGUUAGAGGGACAACAGUACAGAUCUUUAAAUAGACGUUUUAGUAGAAGCCGAUCUCGUUCUAGAUCUACUAAUAGAGAUUGGGUUUGUAGAUUUCAUUACAGAUACGGAAGUGAAGCAAGAAAGUGUGAAUAA